AUGUUAAUCUCGUACCCACCGCACAGCCCCGCCCCCGACGACGCGGCCCCGCCCGCCCCGCGCACGCUCGCCCUGCGCCGCGACCCCGUCCUCGGCUUCGGCUUCGUGGCCGGCAGCGAGAAGCCCGUGGUCGUGCGCUCGGUCACGCCGGGCGGCCCGUCGGAGGGGAAGCUGUUCCCGGGCGACCAGAUCGUGCGCAUCGACGAGGAGCCCGUGGCCGCCGCCCCGCGGGAGCGCGUCAUCGCCCUGGUCAGAAGCUGCAAGGAGUCGAUCGUCCUCACGGUCGUGCAGCCGCUGCCGUCGCCGCGCUCGGCCUUCAUCUCGGCCGCCACGCGGGCCCGACUGCGCUCGCGUCCCGCCCGGGUGCGCUUCGCCGAGGACGUUGCUGCCUCCGCCGCCACCGCCGCGGGGGGAGACGGGCGGCCUGAACCGGCCCCCGGGAACGCACUGCUGUUCCUGCCCGACGUGCUCAAGGUUCACCUGGAGAACGGGCAGACCAAGAGCUUCCGCUUCGACGGGCGCACGCGCAUCCGGGACGUGCUGCUGACGCUGCAGGAGAAGCUGGCGCUGCGCGGCGUCGACCACUUUGCGCUGGCGCUGGAGCCGACGGCGUCGGGAGAGGCCGGGCCGGCCGAGCUGCUGCUGCUGCCCGAGCAGGAGACGCUGGCCCGGGUGGCGGGCCGGCCCGACGCGCGGCGCAUGCGGUGCGUGUUCCGCGCGAGCUUCGUGCCCAAGGACCCCGUGGACCUGCUGCGCCGCGACCCCAACGCCUUCGAGUACCUCUACCUGCAGAGCUGCAACGACGUGGUGCGCGAGCGCUUCGGGGCGGAGCUGGACGCGGAGGCCGCGCUGCGUCUGGCGGCGCUGCAGGUGCACGUGGCCGCGCUCGGCGCCCGGCGGGGGCGAAGGUCGGCGCUCAAGUUCGUCGAGAAGGAGUGGGGCCUGGGCGCGUUCGUGCCGCCGGCCGUGCUGCGCGUCAUGAAGGCCAAGAGCGUCCGCAAGGCGCUGGCGCGGCUCGCCAAGGACCACGAGCACCUGGCGCCGCCCGGGAGGAAGCUCUCGGCCCUGCAGGCCAAGGUGCACUACCUGCGGCUGCUGAGUGACCUGCGCCUCUACGGGGGCCGCGCCUUCCGGGCCACGCUGCUGCAGGCGCAGCGGCGAGCGGAGGUGACGCUGCUGGUGGGGCCGCGCUGCGGGAUCAGCCACGUGGUGAACGCGCGCACGAGCCUGGUGGCGCUGCUGGCCGACUUCAGCCACGUGACGCGCGUGCGCCUGCUGCCGGAGGAACCCGGGCCGGGCGUGCGCGUCGAGCUGCGCGUGCUGGACGAGCAGUCGCUGACGCUGCUCAUGGCGGCGCCCGACGCCGUGACGCUCGCCUGCCUCACCGCCGGCUACUACCGCCUGCUGGUCGACGCGCGGCGCUGCAUCUACGACGCCACCGCGGGCGGCGAGGACGACGGCGACGACGUCACGGGGGGCGAUGACGUCACGGGGGGCGACGACGUCACAGGGAGCGACGGCUACGACGCCGCCGCCGCGGACGGACGCUUCCUCUGCGCCGCCGCGGACGGGGACGAGCUCGCCGUCACCCGCAUCGACGACGUCAUCGGCGGCGGCUGCUACGACGUCGUGGCCCCGGGCGGGCGGCGCUGCUUCCACACCGCCGCGUGGGGCGCCUACGACGUCAUCGGGCUCGGCGGCGGCGACGUCGUCACCCGCAUCGAUGAUGACGCCGACGACGACGUCGCCAACGGGUCUGGCUACGAGGUCGCCGCGUUCGAUGACGUCACGGGUAUCGGUGACGUCACUAGAGAUGACUGUGACAUCACAGGGAUCGAUGACGUCACGUGGGUCGGCGGCGGGGUCGGCUAUGGCGUCGCCGGGAACGGGGAUGACGUCACGGGGAUCGAUGACGUCACAGGGGGCGGUGACAUCACCAGCAUCGACGACGUCGCGGGCGACGACGGGAACGCAGGACUCUCGGCGCCCGGGACGCCGCCGUCGCCGCCAUCGCCGCCGCCGAGCGUGGCGUUCGGACCCGCGGACGACAUCAUCGACCUGACGGCGCUGCCCCCUCCCCCGCGCGGCAGCCGCGGCGACGGCGACGACGACGACGAGGAGGACGACGACUUCCUGCUGCGCCGCCUCAACGCCGCCAUCGCCGCGCCGCCGCCCCCCGCCUUCCGGGACGCCGCGGCCUCGGCGUUGGGACCCACGGGCGCGUCGAGCGACUGCGCG